AUGUCGUUCUUUGGAUUCGACACUUCGCUGCCGCCCGAUGCCAAAAGCGCACGCACGGAGAGUGACGAAGAAAGCGCUUUGAACGAAAAGAUCCAGCGUGCGCUGACUGCGAGCGCCCAGGAAGAUGUCGAAGUGUACACGUGGGGCGAAAGCAACUGCGACGGUCUCGGCGAUAAGCUCGACGAGGCGAACGACGACUUUAACGAGGAUACAUUUGGCACAUUUGCCGAGAAUGUAAGCAGAGACUUUGAUUUUGGGACGGGCGCCGCGCCGACGACACAAAAGAGCGAUAAGAACGCUUCUGCCUUUGCUGCGUCGUUUGACGAUUUCUGGAGCACGCCGUCGCUGCCUGUGCCGCACAGUGCCCAGCCACUCCCCAAGCAGCCCGGCGCUGUGCGUGCCAGGACGCUCGAGGAGAUCGAGGCCGAGCUGCGCAGUAAACGCCCUGCGAAUCCCCCGCCGACAUCGGCGUGGACGCAGCCUACGCAGCCUCCGAAUCGUGCCAUGACGCUGGAGCAAGUCGAGGCACAAUUGCGUGCACAGCGCGCGCAUAAAAUGCCAAGCGCUUCGCAGCACCCUCAUACCAAGCAAGAUCCUCCGCAAGCGCCCAUGCCGCCUCCGAGCUCGCAAGAGCGUCCACGUGAGUCGCCCGUGCCUGCUCCCGCCGCCAAUCAAGCCACGCAUCUUACGCAUAUGCGUGCGCUUCUUGAAGCAUGCCCGCCGUCGUUCCAAUCCAUCAUCCUCGCGCUCCCUCCCCCGAUUCAAUUCGAUUCUCUCGAAGAGUUUGCGCAGCGAUUCCCCAACGUGCUUCGCGUCCCUGGUGCUCUUCCCCUCGACGCGAAAGACGAGCAGGCCGCCAUCCAAUACCUCACGAGCCAAGCCACGCCGAGGAUGCAAGCAUGGCAAGCUGCUGAGGAAAAGCAGCGCUUAAAAGCGGCCAAACUUGCCAACAUUACGCGCCACAAUGGGCUCAUGUCCGGUGCGGACAAGGACUUUAUCACACGUAUCCAGAUCAGCCACCUGGUUUCGCCCGAUCCUUACACGGACGACUUUUAUGCGCACGUCUUCUUUGCCGUCCGGGGCGGCGGCCGCAACGUUGUGCUCCCCGACGCCAACACCGAAGAAGUGAUUGAGCAGCACAAAAAAGGCGACGAAAAGCGCAGCUCGCGCCGCAAACUGACGCGCCACGAGAAUGCAAUGCUCCGUAUGCAGCAGCAAGUCGAGCGGCUUGUCGACAGCCGCAAGAAACGCGAAGCACGCGGCUCCACCCUCGAGGGCGCGCUGGGCCGCGUAAGUCUUGUCACGGCCAACAAGCCGCGCCAGAUGCUCCAGCUCAUCAACGACUCGGACGCUGUCAAGCAGGCACACACCGAGAGCAAGCCCGGCGACGCUGAAGACGCGGUGCGCGCGGCGCUGCAAGGCGCGCAUCUCAACGACGCUGCGGUGCGCUCCGAUGCGCAGAAGCGCGCGGCGUUGACGCAGCGCGAGACGCUUGUCAUCCUCGAGCGCCUCUACCACACCGUACUUGCUCUUGAGCAGCUCCGCCGCAAUCCCGCCGCGGAGCACGACUACGAGAUCGUCCAGCAGCAGCAGCAGCUCACCGAGAAGCUCUGGACGGAGCUGCACGUCCUCGACCCUCUCGACAUUUCUGACCCCCACCCUUUUGUCUCCCUGCUCAACCACGUAAAAGGCAAGCGACUUUUGCCGCGCGCGCUGCGUCUCUUGUCGCCCGAGCAGGCUCUUACCACGCUCACAAUGCUCAUUGCCUCUUUCCAGUCUUUGGACGUUGUGCGCGACGCUGCGCUUCUCGAGCAGUACCGCGCCGCGCAGCUAGUCCAGCAGCGCAGCAACUUGACUGUACAACAAGCCUUGGAUAUCCAGCGUAGCAUUGCCGCGUUUUCGCAGUCGGUGCUCUAUAAUAUGAUCAACCUGAUCACCGACGCGCCGCUUCGUAUCGUUACCGGCAUGCUUGCUUUGCUUAUGGAGCGCAACGAUGUGCUUUUCUGUGCCAAGACCAAACUGGGCACGUCGCUCCUUACCGUCCUCCUCUCGCGCGCCGAGGCGCUGCGUCAGGCAGCCUCGGCCGCCGUUGCGUCAGACAAUGUGCCGAGCGCCGACGAGCUCGACCAGUGGGCCAGCGUGUUUGGCGUCCUGCUCAACAGGCUCUCGGCCAACGACCAGCUCCCGGCGCUCUUUCCUUCCACGCGCAUCAAAAUGCACCUGCCGUUUGGCGUUGAUUUGUACAUGGCCGGCGCAUUCAAUAUCCCUUUGCCGGGCGCGGAUAAGCAGUUCAAUUUGGACACCGAGGACGAGCCGGUGUGGAACCUGACGGCCCUGUUCGCAAUCCAUUCCAACCUGCACCAGCAGCAGGUCUUGGUCCAGGAACUCCGCGACAAGAUUCUUUCAAACAUUCUCGCGGCCAACGAAGCGCGGGCCAAGGGGCUGGUCGCUGACGCCGACAUGCGCGUCAGCAACGUCAAUCUGCUCCUCCACGCGCUCAACUUGGACGCUGCACAAAUCACACUCUAG